AUUACAAUUGAAAUUCAAUCCCAAGAAAUAAUACCGUGUAUUCGGUAAUACCAAAUAUAGAUAAAUUCGGUACGGUAUUCGGUAUAUCCCAAAUACCGGUACCAAACUUCCAGACCUACUCGUAGAUACCCACACUUAAUCAUGUGAUAUCCUUACUUCCUUGUUCUUUAUUAAUUAGUUGAUGGCAUGAAGCGAAGCACACAUUAGCUAGUUAAAUUUCUAUAGCAAGAGACGCAUGUAUGGGUAUUGGGUAGAGAAUGGCCUUAGUGGAAAGGAUAGAGUGAUGUUAUAGAUAAGCCACUAAUGCAUUAUAUAAUUGAGUAUUAUUAUGCAUGAUGGUAUUUAAAGCUUGCCUUCUUAUACAACAAAGAAUAUUAUGCCUGCUUGAACUCCCUCUCAAGUUAUCCAAGCUCAAUUGGAACGGACUAUCCAGAGGGAGAGAUUACGCAUCCGACAAAAUAGAAGGACUAGGGCGUGCCCAAUACGAUGGAAAAAAUCCCAAGUUACACAUGUUUUUAAAAAAAAUUCUCAAAAUACACACGUUAUGAAAAUAAUUCCCAAUCUACGCAUGUUUGGGCCUUCACCGCGUAAGAGCAAGGCGGUGAUUGCUUCACCGCCUCAGAGCAAAGCGGUGAUUGCAUCACCGCUGUAGAGGAAGGCGGUGAUUGCAUCACCGCUCUAGAGAAAGGCGGUGAAGGCCUGACCUGCGUCAAAACUUUAAAAAAACAUAACUUUGUGCUCGGUUAUCCGAUCGCAACGUAAUUUUUUUUAUUCCGCAUAAUUUUCGAGAUCUUGCAAGCCGCAAGCACAAAGUUACGUUUGUUUAAAGUUUUGACGCAGGUCAGGCCUUCACCGCGGCCGUGUAAUGCGGUGAAGCAUUCACCGCCUUCGUCUAUAGCGGUGAUGCAAUCACCGUCUUUCUCUACAGCGGUGAUGCAAUCACCGCCCUUCUUUCACGCGGUGAUGCAAUCACCGCCUUGGUCUGACACAGUGAAGCAAUCACCACCCUCCUCUGACGCGGUGAAGGCCCAAACAUGCGUAGAUUGGGAAUUAUUUUCAUAACGUGUGUAUUUUGAAAUUUUAUUUAAAAACAUGUGUAUCUUGGGAUUUUUUCACCAAUACGGUAUUAUAGUUUGAUUUCACGCUCUAUCCAUCGACCCACAAUAAAGAAUUCAGGAAAUUGCUCUAAUUAACCUAAUUGGAUGUUCUUUACCAUAGGUUGAUAGCAAUAAUGGUAUAGUUUGUUCAAUACCCAAACCAAUUACAUGAACUACCCAAAAUUGUAUAUAUGAUCAAAAUAUCAAACAAGCAAAGGAAUCAUUCAAUCAUCUAAUCUAACAUACAUAGCUAGAGUUCUACAACACCGAAGUGAAUAAGGGUUUAACUCAUAGUGAUAGAGAGACAAACAUAAAUCUAAGAGAAGAAAUCAUCCUUGGGGGAAUGAGUUCUUGCUCUUGUUCUUGAUUUCCUCCGCCGCCUUGGUUUCAUUGGCGUCCACGCGGGCCACGUCAUCUUCGCUUCGCCCUCCCUCGAUGAUGGUUGCACGGUCAUGGUAAAGCUCCCAAUCGCGAAAUAAUGUCGUGAGCUGAUCGCAGGUCACUACAAGUUUCGCACAAGUUGCCUCCACCUCUCGUGAGUCUCCCUGGCCCUUUGCGCUAGGGCGUGGCGCGCGACCAGGUCGAGAACACCCAUCCUGGUUAGGAUGCGUAACCAGACUUUGAUACCAAAUUGAUAGACGGUUACCCACAGUUCAAAGGUUUUGCUUGUAACACAACAAGCGAGAGAACGACGUUGGUGUCGAUAAACCUUAACUUUAUUAAUUGGAUACGGAACGAAUAUCAAACUUACAUAUUUAUAAGCUUAGAAAACCUAAUAUCGUAAUCCCUCACUACCCAAAAUCCCUAUCCUACUCGACUACCCCUUCUCAAACCCAACAGAAAAACUACUGUGAAAAGGAAAAAGACACCCAACUUCCACGAACCCAAAAUUACCGACGGCCCAACCCGAAAACAACCUCAUCACAUUUGGUCGCCCUUAUCGACCUCCCACUCGGACCUGUACAGAUUAACAUCACCAACACUGAAUGAAUGAUGAAUGCAGCUUUCAACGAAAAAAAAAUUAAAAAGAAAUGUAGCGGUAUUAAGCCUUUCUGUUGAGUGUUUGUUUGGAAUUCCCACAAUAGAACUAGGGCUGCAAAUGAGCCGAAUCGAGUCGAGUUUUACCCCAAUUUGAGCCCGGCUCGUUAAUAAACGAGUCGAGCUCGAGCUCAGCCCAUUUACUAACGAGCCGAGUCGAGUCUAGCUCGAGCUAGCUUGUUUAUUAAAAUCUUAAUUUUUAUUUGAUAGUAUAUCAUAAAACAUAUGAUUUAUUUUGUUAGCUAAUCUCAUAUUAUACUUUGUUGGUAUAAUAUAUCAUUUAGUUAAUAAGAUAUAUUUGUUCACAAACUCAACGUGUUCAACUUUAUAUAUGGUAAAAUAUAUAAUUUAACAGCCAUAUUAAUUAAAAUCAUAAGAUAUAGAUUGAUUCGUCCAUAAGUUGGUAAUCGAGUUGGCUCUCUAACCACAUGUCAAGACAUAUCAUGAGCACUAAACGAGCCAACUCACGAAUUUAGCUCAACAAGCCACCGAGUCGAGCUAGCUCGCGAGCUUCACGAGCUGAACAAAUGUGAGCUCGUAUUCGGCUCGUUGAUUAACGAGUCGAGUUUCGAACGAACUUUUCUCGAGUCGAACGCCGAGCCGCUCGCGAGCAGCUCGGCUCAUUUUCGACCCUAAAUAGAACGUGUUGUUUGCGGCUCGAGAGAGACCUGUCUGUCAUUGCUCGAUCAGCACUCAAUACUCAUAAUAAAUGAGUAACAAACAGACCCUAUGGCCUAUGCUCAUCAAUUUUCCUUUUAUUAUCACGUCAGCAAACGGUCUCCAGAAAAAAAAAUAAUAAAGCGCCAGUAAUUCGCCCCACAAUUUUUUUGCCGCCAUACACAAACCCGGGCCCACACCCGUCACCGCAAACAGCCGAGCAGCAACAACAAGAAGCAAAUUGACUGCGAAAUGACCGUCUUGACCCCUUUCCCUUCUUUAUAAACGAAGCUUCGCUUUCAUUUCCUCCCCACAGCCAACACAACACAACCCUUCCUUUCCCAAUUCCAACAGCAAACGCACUAAUCAAUCCAUCUCUCUCUCCUAAUCUUCCCUCACUUUCUCUCUCCGAAACCAUGGCCAGAAGCGGCAGCAAGCUCUACAAGCUGAGGUCGGUCCUUAAGAAGCUCAACUCCUUCAACACCAAGCUCAGCCGAGGCGGUAGCUCCAUCGCCGCCUCGGCCACCACCGCCGAUGACUCCAACUCCAGCUCCUACUCCUCCUCCUACUCCGUCGACAGCGCCGGGGACCUGCAGCCCGUCUACGUCGGGAAAUCGAGGCGGCGGUACCUCCUGAGCCCCGACAUUGUGGAUCACCCUCUGUUCCGCGAGCUGGCGGAGCGCUCCGACGACAACGACAUAAGAGUCGGGUGCGAGGUCGUGAUGUUCGAGCAUUUGCUCUGGAUGCUCGAGAACGCCGAUCCCCUGCCGGAGUCCGUCGACGAGCUCGCCGAUUUCUACGCCUGCUGAAUAUACAUACACACGCAUAAAUCUCUGUUUUUUUUCCGCAAUUUCCAAUUUCAAAAUUCGUUUAGAAGAAAAGAGAAAUCAAUAAUCCAUGACUCCGCCGGCGGACGUGAUCCGGCGCGGUCAUCCAUGUACAGGGACGGCGGCGCGGAGGAGCUGUAAAUCGACGGUGAUCAGUUCAAUUUGAAUUGGUGGAUUUGAUUAGCAGGUCAUGUUAGAGAGAAACAGAAAGAGGCCGCAUACAUACAGAGAUCGAGAAGAAAAGAAAAAAGAAAAAGUGAUUUUUAGAGAGGAAAAUUCUAGAAAGAGAGAGGAUGUAUUGGUCUUUCAUUGAACCGCGCGGCGGUUAGUGCUAAUCAAUUACCAAGCUGAUCACUUCUUUCGGGUCGGGUCGGGUCGGGUCGGGUCGGGUCUUAAUAUUACCCGAUCCCACGUAAUUUGAGACACGCACUUUGUAAUUGUAAAGUAUAUUUGCAUUUCUAAUUUAAUCAAAGCGCAACCAUUACUAUUGUCUUUUUUGAACUUGUUGAUUAUUGGUUAACAGCUUUCGGCGCACAAUGUAAACCGUGUGUAGCAACAAAAUUGCAUCAUAAACGGUGUUGUUGUAAUUUGUACCAGAUAGAUAAUUCUCACGAAUUGCGAUAUGUUCGGAAUCAUUUGUUGUCACGAUUGUGCUCGACAAUCUUGAUGUUAAUGUUCGUACAUCUGGCUAGUAUAAGUGUCUACAAGUAUUGCUAGUUAUGCUAUAUUCUAACUCUCCAUUAGCAAAUUUUUAUAUUCUAAUUCUCUAAAUCACACACCUUAAACCCCAAGAUGAUGCAUAUAAUAUUUAAUGUACUGGACAAAUUAAACGUACCAUAAGUUUCUUAAAGCAUGCCACAAGAUUUUCUGAAUUCCAUAAAAGUUGUUAGAUAGACAACCAAAAGAGAAUAUGGGAUCACAGAAAAAAUGUAUCUGAAAUAGCUUUUUUUAGGGUGGAACCGCAAAGGGCCAAGGAUAUGUAUAUGAUUAAAGUAAUUGUAGACAGAAAGCAGGGAUUUUUAAUUUGGUAACAAAUAUUCCUUUCACUUUUUCUUCUUUCAUUGAAUAUUUCUUUCCCCGCCGGCCGGCCCGUCGCUUCCUUAAUGAACACAUUGUAUGUGGCUCUCGUCCAUUUCUAAUCAUUGGGUUGUUAGCUAAAGGGUUUCUGCUCUUAUUAAUUCCUUUUCUGGUCACCUUUGUCAUAUUAUAUAUAUUGUAUUAAGGAUGGUGAAACGAUAUAAGAUGUUGUACCGGAAAAGUUAAUGAUAUAAUAUUUUAUGUUAAAAUUGUAGUUAAACAAUUUUAUAUCGCUAAAUAUCAAUUGCUGAUAGAAAUUUUUUUCUGGUUAAACCGUCGAGCACCUCUACCUUUUCUCGGCUGGUUAUACGAUAUAGACACACAAAAGAGAGAAGUUUAGUUUGUAUCAAAACAGGUGGAUGAGUGGCAAACACGAAACUCUCUCUAAUGAUCGAUCAUUUCUCUAUUUUUCUUACCAACAACGCGUUUCCAAGCUGCCAUUUUGAUUGCCUUUUAAUUUGCACCACCACUCUUCGCUACUUUCGAUUUAAAACUUGGUUGGAUUUGGCACCAACUUCACUAUUUUAAAAACAAACUCACACACACAGCAAAGUGUUGGAUCAAUAGUUCCAUCGACAUCCUAAAUUUUGUUGCCUCGCCUCCCCUUUUAUUGCCACCAUUUUUAUCGCCGUAGAGUGAUCAGUAACAAAUUUUAAGGCAAGUCAGCCUAUUGUUCCAUGCAUAAGGUGGUAAUGUUGGCCGAGACCAUUCACCAUCGAGCCCAACCAUUUUAUCAAGGUAGAAGUGGCAAUUGGAUCAGAUUCCGUGGAUUGGAUCUGAAUGAAAUUAUGAAUUGGAUCCAAUGAAUUUACGGAUUUGAU